AUGGCUUGGUGGGCCCGAUCUAUCGCGAACACUCUCAAGUUCGAUGACGACGACGACGGCGAUGACGAUGACGCCAACGCCGCUCGGAAACCGGAGUCUAAACAAUCCAGUAGCCCGGAAUCCCGAGACGACGACGUCGCAUCUCCCGCGUCACCGUCGCGUGGCGUUAAAGAGGAUCUCUCGGAGCUCAGCAAAACCCUAACUCGCCAAUUCUGGGGCGUUGCCUCGUUCUUAGCCCCUCCGCCGCAGCCCGAACCGCAAUCCGACCCGGGCGUGUCGGAACCGGAUCAGAGCUCGAUUUUAGGGAUCCGAAGUGACUUUGCCGAGAUUGGGGGGAAGUUCAGGAGUGGGAUUUCUCGUUUGUCGAACAACAUCAACGUUUCUGAGAUUACGAAAUUGGCAUCGAAUUUGCUGCAGUUGGAAUCGGAUGAUGAGAAUGAAGGGACAGGAGUCGUGGAGAGUUUCGAGUCUGUUGGGGAUGGAGCUGUAGGUGUGACUGAGAAAGUGUUGGCUUUUGUUCUCGACAUUGCUGAGCAUCCGGAGACCUGGUUGGAUUUCCCAUUACCUGAAGAUAUUGAUUUUUAUAUGACUGAUGCCCAACAAGAGCAUGCCUUAGCAGUCGAACGACUGGCCCCAAGAUUAGCUGUGCUAAGGAUGGAACUUUGCCCUGGAUAUAUGAGUGAGAGCUGCUUCUGGUUGAUUUAUUUUCUGCUCCUUCAUACUAGACUUGAUAAGCAGGAUGCCGAACUUCUAUCAACACCCCAGGUACUGGAAGCCAGGGCCUUGUUGGGCCAUGAACUGAAGAACAGAAAUACAACUGAGCCAAAAAACUCCUCCGGCAAAAAGUCUCCAGGCCCUGAUGAGAGUGAUGUUUCUCAUCAUGAAGAGUCCCUUUCUAUGCCAUCCCCUGUUAUUCCUGAAAACGAGCCCAAUAAGAUAGGCACCUCAGGUGCAACAGCUGCUCCCGAAAUAGUGAAGGACCCAGCUGAGAUAAAUGAAACCAAAACUGCCAACAACCCAGUCACUCAAGAAAAGGAAGCCGGCCAAGUUAAGGAACAAUAUCUGAAAAAAUCCAAUUCCUCGAGUGUUUCUGUAGAUGAAGACGAAGAUGAUGCAGACGACUGGUUAAAGGAAGAAACUUUAGAUGCAGGAAGCUCUAUUGGAAAAAGCAUUCCGAUCGUGAAUGAGGAUGACGUGUCAUUUAGUGAUCUUGAAGACGAUGAUGGUGAUGUGCCUGCUAGCCAUAGAAAAUCAAACGACAGUUCGGAUAAGGAUUCAAGGGAUUGGGUUCAGUUGGGCAAAAGCUCGUCUGACAAGGAGAGCACCAAGGAGUCAAAUGACUGGCUAGAUGUUGAUGACAUAGUCGUGUCUUAA